GCCGGUGUCUGCUCCGCCGUUCCCUGCUCUGCCCCGCUCUCCCACACCCCGGACCCCGAAGCGCGUCUCCUCCUCGCACCGCCCCAGCUCCCGCAGCCCCGGUGAAUGCACGAAACGCCAACAUGACCGGCAUCGCCGCUGCUUCUUUCUUCUCCAAUUCCUGCAGGUUCGGGGGUUGCGGUCUCCAGUUCGAGUCUCUGGCCGAGCUCAUCGUCCAUAUCGAGGACAAUCACAUCGACACAGAUCCGCGGGUCCUGGAGAAACAGGAGCAGCAGCAGCCAACGUACCUGGCCCUGAGCUACAUCAACAGGUUCAUGACGGACGCAGCGCGGCGGGAGCAGGAGACCCUGAAGAAGAAGGCCACGCCCAAGCUGUCCCUGUCCAUCGCCGGAGGGGGCGUGUCCAGGAACAGCACGGCCACGCCCCCGCGCCACACCAGCGGCAACCUCACGCCCCCCGUCACCCCGCCCAUCACACCCUCCUCCUCCUUCCGAAGCAGCACGCCCACAGGUAAGACAGGCAGCGAGUACGAUGAGGAGGAGGUGGACUAUGAGGAGUCGGACAGCGACGAGUCCUGGACCACGGAGAGCGCCAUCAGCUCCGAGUCCAUCCUCAGCUCCAUGUGCAUGAACGGCGGCGAGGAGAAGCCCUUCGCCUGCCCCGUGCCCGGCUGCAAGAAGAGAUACAAGAAUGUGAACGGUAUCAAGUACCACGCCAAGAACGGCCACCGGACCCAGGUCCGCGUGCGCAAGCCCUUCAAGUGUCGCUGCGGGAAGAGCUACAAGACGUCCCAGGGCCUGAGGCACCACACCAUCAACUUCCACCCGCCCGUCUCCACCGAGAUCCUGCGCAAGAUCCAGGGCUAAGGCCCCCCA